UUUCGUUCUCAACGGCUCCGACGAGUCCGUCGAAAUAAAGUAUGUAAAUCGAGAGGAACUAAAUUGCAUUCAGUCAGAACGUAAAUCCGCGACCUUGUCUCGCAGCUACUGAUCGUAUUGUUCUGUUGUUGUUUCGCCCGGUGCUUCUGUUUACUCCUGUUAUCAGACAAGUCGUUCGCCGACUACGGUGCCGUCUGUUUGGAAGAAGAAGGAGUUUAGUAAUUAAAUUUAGUGUUUCUACGCAGGAUUUGCGAAGUUGGCGCGUGUUGUGCCGGGCUGACCUUACUUCUGUGUAAAGAAAUCGACCCACGCCUUCCAAUAAAGAUAACUCCUACGCGGCUCGCAUAUAGUCACAAUAAGACUAUGUCGAGAGUUAAACUGGACAAAAUUCUGUCUCCCCUGUGCCUCUAUCAACUGUGCACAUCUGUAAGCGUCAAGUGAAGUGAUCUCCAGUAAGUGUAAGUGUAGGUGCUGUGCUGUGUUAACAGUUGUUCUAUUACCUGUUGUUCUGUCAACAAUCAAGGCUGCUAGUGUAUUGUUACACAUAUUAUUCCGCUUCAAUGAUUCUGGUAUUCUGCCCCAAAAAUAUACCUGAUACCAAAAUGACAACAUAAAGAUCAUGACAUAGAAACAUAAUCUAGUACCCAGCAUUUCUACCAACUGGCCCGCACAACCGUCAAGAUAAAGAAAUCCACGUUCCUGUGCUACAAAGCGAGGAUGGAUGAAAGUGAUGUAAUCAUAUCAUCCACCGAAAUUAUUAAAGACCGCUUGUACUUCGCGACCCUAAAGACGGGGUACAAACCGAAGCCGACCCGCAACAGCAAAUACUUCCACAUAGAAGAUGACAUUGUCUACGAGAACUUCUACUUCGACUUCGGGCCGUACCACCUCUGCCACCUGUACCAGUUCUGCAACAGGCUCAACGAGGAGCUUGAGAAGAAUCCGAAGAAGAAAGUGGUUUUCUACACGAGCAACAAUGAGACGCUGCGGCUUAAUGCCGCGUACCUUAUUGGGAGUUAUCAGAUAAUCUACCUAAACGCCUCCCCAGCAGCGGUAUACAAGCAACUCACAGACGGUUCCGACUGGUCCCUCCUUAACUUCCGCGACGCGAGUGGCGGGCCUCCUCUGUUCGACAUCUCUCUCCUAGACGUGCUGCACGGCAUGAAGGUAGCUCAUGACGCGCGGUUCUUCGACUUCGAACACUUCGACGCGGAGCAGUACUUGUUUUACGAGAAGGUAGAGAAUGGGGAUUUGAACUGGAUCAUUCCGGGCAAGAUGUUGGCGUUCUCCGGGCCGCACCAUCGCUCGCGACUCGACCGCGGGUACCCGCUGCAUAGCCCCGAACACUACCACCACUACUUUCGCAGACACAGGGUUACCACCAUAGUGCGCCUCAACAAGAAGUCGUACGACGCUCGUCAGUUCACGGCCCACGGGUUUGAACACCGGGAAUUGUUCUUCGUCGACGGGUCUGUCCCCACUGAUCUCAUCGUCAAUCGGUUCAUCAGGGUUGCUGAAGCCGCGAAAGGGGCUGUUGCUGUACAUUGUAAAGCGGGCCUAGGCCGCACGGGCACGCUAAUAGCGUGCUACAUGAUGAAGCACCACGCGUUCACUGCGCGAGAAGCGAUAGCUUGGCUGCGCGUCUGCCGGCCCGGCUCGGUCAUCGGGCACCAGCAGUGGUUCUUGGAGAACGUCCAAUCUCGCAUGCACGCGGAAGGCGAGGCGUACAGGCGGCGUCACAACAUCACCUCCCUCCCAGUAUUCACUCGCGGCAUAUACAGCGACCUGCCGCUGGAGCCCCUACCUGAUGAGGACACCACGAGAGAGACCAAGGAGAAGCCAGUGUCGUUGCAAACCAUACUCAAUAAUAAGAACAAUAAGUUGGACAACGCCAACGCCCUCAACGCCAACGAGGCGGACUCAGAAAACAACGUGACCGCUGUCAUCGGCAAGUAUAAGACCACACCCACACCAAUGCUCCCCACAAAAACCGUAUUCACACCCAAAAUGAACUACAUGCUACCCACAAACAACAUCAGAAACUCUGCAAACUCAAACCUGAAACCGCAACCGAGGAUCUUGAACUCAAAUCUAAAGUCACAUUACGCGUCAAAGACCUCCACGUUCCCGCCAACUAGAAGUGCCAACGCCCAAGCCAGCAAGCUCACUGGCAGUGUCAAAAGCCCCUUUACUGGCAAAAGCAGCUUCCACGGCCAAAGAGCUAAUCUUGCUCGUCCUACGAUAGGUUUCACUCACAGCAGCCCCUUGAAAACUUCACGGAAAGUCGUCAGUAAAAACACUUCUAGCGAUACGACUGUUGUGACCACAUUGAGCAACGUCACGUCGACUUUAUCAGCGUUGACUGAGAACUGUCAUUUGAAUGGAAAAAAUAGGCUUCCGUCCGAGCCGAAUUUGAAGUCCGUUACAACAACUAAAGCGACAGCUACAAGUGUGAAUUUGCGCAAGAAGUUGAUCGUCCGAUCGAAUUCUAAUUCGCGAAAGAAGUUGCCUAAAAACAACGCGCCGAAGACGAAUCUUGAAGCCUCCCAAGAGUUAUCUUCAAGUGACACUAACGUCACAAAUAUAUCAGCUGAUUCUUUAGAAACCCCGUUUAGGUUCCGUCGGAAAAGGGACAAGUCUAAUAGUCCCGAGCCGAUGGAUUGCAUUUCCAACUCUGUGAUCACUGCAGACGUGACCCCUGACAAUUUUGAGGAGACAAACAACUCUCAAGGGAACAAGUUGUAUAAAAUAAAGGCGCUAAGAAAGAAAUGCCCCGCGUUCGGUGUAAGUUUACUAAAGAAAGACGGCAUCCAAACUCGGUCGAGUAGCUGCGCCAGUAGCUCGACUGUUAAGAAGAAAUGAUCUCUGUGAAUUGAUUUGUUAGUCUAGUUGUAUUUGCACUUCAUAGAGAUUCUAGUUUUACGGUGUUGGCUAGUUAGAAGAGAUCUUUUGAAAGAUUUAUAAGAUUUAUAAAUAUUACUAUUGCUCCAAUCGAUUCACACGUUUGUCGACUAAAGAGAUAUUAUAUCCAUUUGAGAAUCAAAACAUUCUCUACUAACUAGUCAACAGAAACACGUGCAUAGCACGACAAUAUUGUACUGUGUAGAUGUAUAAGUUGAUAGAUUUGUAUAGACCCCUCUGACUGAACUAAACUACUCAUAUCAUACUUUGCAAGACGUUCUAUCUACACAAAUUUAUCGACUUUAGUGUAAUAUCGAUGUAUAGAGAAUAUUUUAUACAGAGUGCUUGGAGGAUUUUUGUUCGACUCUAAAUAACAUUUCUUUAUUAUUAGUCAAAUAUUGUGCAAAUAUAAGUCUAUCAAGUUAAAUACAACGCAAUUGUGUCACAAUAUUGUUGAUAGUAUCUCGAUAUUAAAUUUAUCAUCGUUUUAAGUCCUAAAUGGUGCUGAUUCCAGUACACACCUCUAAAUUUAUUUAAGUUAUACCUGUCAUUUUCUUAUCCACCGAAAAGGAAAGAGUCGGGUAAUCGACAAGCAUAAAAUUUAUGGAAAACAAAAACCCUCUCAAAAAUGUAUAUUGGCCAAUAAUCCGACAGAAUUAAUUUGAUAGCACUCGUCAAACGGGUUGCAUAUCAGCAAAAUACCUAUUAUAUUCGCCCGGACUUUCAUUCAUUCAUUCACUCAUUCAUUUUAAAAUUAACAGUUGUUAAUCAUUCGUCCCUUUCCUUUUCGGCGGAGAAAAUAACAGGUAUAACUUAAAAUUUUGCAUGGAAUUGCAUUUACCAAUAUAUAUGAUCAAAGAGUUAACUCAUACACACACACACACACACAAUAAAAUUCGAAGGUUUGAAAAGUUUCUUAUCAAAAAAACCUACGUACGUAAAGUAAAACAAAGGUCUACUGUCAAAAUAUUAUGUCUACUUACUACUACUUAUACAAAGCGAGGAAUUGUUUUUUUUGACGUUAUCUAUUGUGGCAAAUGGCAUUAACUUUUUGGCCGGAGUGGGGUUUUAUUGAAUCUACGAAUACGGUAGUUUCCAACUAGUCAAAUCAGUUACUAUUUACUAAACGUCAAAAUACGAAACUACUGUGGUAUUUGUACGAAAAAGCGACCUGUGACGUCAUAGAAAAACAUGGCAAAAUGUCGCACUUAUUCUAACACUUUUCUUUAUAAAUUCAUUAAUAAGUUGAAUAGUAAAAAUAAAUCGUCUUUGUCACUUUUAGAUCUGUCUUUAUUUAGUAAUCAGAAUUUCAUAAUUUAUCUUUGAUCUAGGAAACUAUCCAAAUCUAUAUUAAAACUAAAUAAUAAAUCAUUUAUUCUACAAUCAUUAUUUAGCGUCGUAACGAUAGUCCUCUUCGCCCUUUAUAAAGCUGUGUGUUGUUAACCCCACGUGAAGCCUAAAUGUUUAUAACCAUAUACUACAUGUUUAACUUAGACGAAUUUGAUUCUACGACUGAUUGUCUUUAUUUUUAUGACUAUUCUAUGACUUUGCAGUGGCCUAUGGUAUUAUUUUUCUUAAAGAAAUGCUUUUUUUACUAUUGAUAUUGUUAUAUCGUUCGUUUAUUUUAAGCUUUCCUUAUAUGUUGCCUUUGAAAGGCAAACUUAUUGAAAGAAAAACGUCGAUCGUUUUUAAAAUGACUUUAAAAUAAUAAAUUAAGGUUCCGAGAUUUUCUAAAAUCAGAUUGGUCUUCCGGUCAACAUUAUGUUCACAUUUGUGUUAAUAUAUCAUGUAAUAUAAUAUCAUGUUUGUAUACUACAAUACGCCAACAUUGCCGUUCGUGAUAACUUAGCCCCAAAACGGAUUUGCUAAACAUAGAAAAAAAAAGAAUACAAAUUGUUUAUUAUAAAAGGACGCCACACACAAAGACAAGAUAAUAACAUCACUAAAAAUCAACAUCUGUUUUUCUUCAGUCGUGUGG